GAAAAGAAUGGAAAUGAAUUUGACAAACCAGACCAACAAUGGAGAAGGACAAUGUGACAAUCCUGUGGGUCUUUACGCUUAUGCUUGUUUUUACUACGGGGUUCAUGAUUAUCUAAGUGUGAUUUUGUGUUGCUUUGGUAUACCUGCAAACAUUGUCAACAUUGUCAUCCUGACGCGAAAAACAAUGAGGACUCCUAUCAACAUAAUAUUAACUGGAAUAGCCGUUUCCGACAUGCUUACAAUGUUAUCCUACCUUCUGUACGCUAUUCACUUCCGGGUCAUGUAUGGACUUGAUGAUGACAGACCUGGUAAAAACACCUAUGGAUGGACUUUGUUCCUUGUCGUCCACAUAUGUCUCACAAUCACGACGUACACCAUUUCCAUUUGGCUCGGAGUGUGUAUGUCAAUUGUUAGAUAUGUAUACAUCUCUUCACUGGGUACACGAAAACCUGGUGCAGAUGAGCGAAGAUCGUGUAUUCUUGUCACCAUUGUGUUCACACUUUCAAUAAUUGCGUAUAUUCCAAAAUAUGUAACUACAAAGAUUGUAAAUGUAAACUCGACAGAAGUUUAUAGGCUUCAAAGUUUUGAGAUUCAAUCACCAAAUCUUUCGCCAUUACAAACCGCUUUUGUUUGGAUAUUCCUUGUGGUUGGAAAAUGGAUUCCUUGUCUUUUGAUAAUCGUGUUCGGUAUUCUAUUAGUUUGUACCUUGCACAAAAGCAAGAAAAGGACUGAAAAGCUGAAAGGUGCUCAAACCAAAGCGAGGCUGAAGCAGCACACGAGAACGACCGCCAUGUUGUUAGUUAUAAUUCUUAUGUACAUUAUAUCUGAACUUCCCCAAACGAUUGUUUUAGUCAUAAGUUAUGUCAACAAAGACUAUUUGGACUACAUUUUGUUGGGAGAUACAAUCGACAUGAUAUGUUUGAUAAAUAAUUCAGUGAAUAUAGUCCUUUAUUGUGCGAUGAGCAAACAGUUUCGAGAUAUGCUAUGGUCGAGUUUGUGUUGUGUUUUCCGGCUCUCCGACCCAAGGAGAUACACGACAGUUCAGACAACCGUCACACAUACAUGUCCGACAAAGAAUGUCUGCUACGAGCCCUAGUUAGUUUUUCAAUCUGGGCAUUAAAUUCUGGCUGUUGUGUAUGAAUGGCGUCAUAUUUCUCUCUCUCUCUCUCUCUCUCUCUCUCUCUCUCUCUCUCUCUCAAAUUGCAGACAUAUAUUUGAUAACAUUAGUCGUUUCAAAAUUUUGUUUAUUCUGUUCUUUAUGAAUGUAUAAAGAUAACUCAGGGACGUAGUCGUAUGCUGGAAAUUUUAUAUCCUUAUUAUUGAACUGCAGUGUAUUUUCAAAUUAUGCAAAAUAUUGAUUUCAAAGUAGAAUUUCAAAAUUUCUUACCUUUACUCAUGGAUUCCGACAAAAACGAAAAGAAUAUUUUGUGUAGGAGAAAAUAAUUCCUAUCAUUGGAAUAAGAAUGGUAAGAAUUUUUAUUUUAUGUAUUUUAUGCGUUAGGUCCUGGUAUU